AUGAACACGAUGUCCUCUUCCUCCUCCUCCUCCUCAUCAUCCGGUUUCGCGCCAGACCACCACCACCACCUCUCAUCCCCCACCGAGCAGCUCUGUUAUGUCCAUUGCAACUAUUGUGACACCGUCCUCGCUGUAAGUGUUCCUUGUACCAGCUUGUUCAAGAUGGUGACGGUCCGAUGCGGUCACUGCACCAAUCUUUUGUCCGUCAACAUGUGUGGGUUGCUUCUUCCCUCGGCCAACCAGCUUCAACUUGGCCACAAUUUCUUCACUCCUCAAAACCUUCUGGAGGAGAUCCGGAACGCCCCACCAAGUUUGCUGAUAAAUCAGCCGUCGCCGGCCGACUCCAUAAUGCAGCUACGAGGAGGAGCUGAGCAGAUCCCUAAGCCUCCAGUAGUUAACAGACCUCCGGAGAAGAGACAGAGAGUCCCUUCUGCUUACAACCGCUUCAUCAAGGAAGAGAUCCAACGCAUCAAAGCAGGAAAUCCAGAUAUAAGCCACAGGGAAGCUUUUAGUGCUGCUGCAAAGAACUGGGCCCACUUCCCCCACAUCCAUUUCGGACUCAUGCCUGACCAGCCCGUGAAGAAACCUAAUAUCUGCCAGCAGGAAGGCGAGGACGUGCUGAGAAAAGAUGGGCUCUUUGCAACUGCGAACUUGGGAGUGUCGCCUUACUGAGAAAAUCUACGUUGGGUGUCUGUUUAAAUUUCUGAAACUGUUCUCCUUUUCCCCCUCUUUUUAGGGUUCUUCGUUUGUGGAGGACUCUCGACUGUUCACCUGUUUAGGGGUUGCUUGAAUUCGUGUUUGUCAUGGCCCGACAGGGUACAUUCCGACAUCUGCUAAAACAAUGUUUGCGGACUCGACUUAACAACUAAUUUCAGGAGACUGAGACAUACUCUCUCCUUAAUUUGUGUUCACAAUUCUAAUAGAUAACACCUGCUAUAAGACAUGACUAUAUGUUACUAAA